UCGGCGUCCGGAAGGAUGGAGGUGGCGGAGACUGAGGCGAAGGCUGGAGCCCUGGAAGUCCUGGCUGAGGUGGCAGGCGUCCUGGAGCGUAGAGGCCUGCAGGAAGAGUCUGAACUGCCAGCCCAGAUCCUGGCUGAGUUUGUGAUGGACUCACAGAAGAAAGACAGGCUGCUCUGCAGCCAGCUUCAGGUAGUAGACUUCCUGCAGAACUUCCUGGCUCAGGACGACACUGCCCAGGGCCUGGACCCCUUGGCUUCUGAAGACUUGAGCCGACAGAAGGCGAUUGCAGCCAAGGAACAAUGGAAAGAGCUGAAGGCCACAUACCGGGAGCACGUGGAGGCCAUCAGAAGUGCCUUGACCCAGGCCCUGAUCCAGGAGGAAGAGGUCCACAGGAAGCAAACACAGCUCCAGGAGGCUUUUGAGCAGCUCCAGGCCAAGAAGCAAAUAGCCAUGGAGAAACUCAGAGCAGCCCAGAAGCAGUGGCAGCUGCAACAGGAGAAAUGUCUGCAGCAUCUGGUGGAGGUUUCUACAGAGGUGAGGAAGCGUCAGACAGAAACUCAGCAGGAGCUUGAGCGGCUAUGUCAGGAAGUUGAAACCCUGAAGCAGCAGGCAGGAUGGGAACGGGAUAAGCUACAGAGGUACCAGACCUUCCUCCAGCUGCUAUAUACCCUGCAGGGUAAGCUGCUGUUACCUGAGGCCGAGACUCAGGGAGAGGCAGAGAUGCCACAGGAGCUGCCCCUCCACUUGGAUCUCCCUGAGGAUAAGCCCCAGCAGCUGACCCAGCCCCAGGAGCAGAACACUGGAGACACCAUGGAGAAAGAUGGUGGUGUGUCCUUCAAGGCUGCCAGCCCACAACCUGCUGGAGAUGUGAGCUUGCCAUGGCUCCCUAAGCAUGGAAAAGGAUCCUAG